AUGACGAUACUGAGGCACGCGGGAGAUUGCGAUGAGUUAGAUGAUGAGAAGGCGAAUACAGGUUCUGAUAAGAUUUACCAGAACUAUUUAAUGCCAGGAUUAGAAAUGUACGAUGCUAAGGUGACCAUAAACCAUUGGCAGUUGCGUGAUUGUGUGAAGCCAUCCUCUGUUAAUGGCAACAAGUUGUUCUAUAUUUUUGAUCAUUCCAUCAGAACUUUGAAUACGGCCACCGCAAGACCAUUGAAGCAUGAUAGCAUCAGGUGGAACGAUAAUGCAGGAAAAAUAAGGUCGACACAGAGACGUCGUAGAUCUAUUACUCAUAAGAAGAGGAAUAAGAAAGAAAUAGCGUCAAGUGCACCUACGGAACAAUUAGUAGAAUUCAAUUUCAAACCAAGGUGUUUUGUGGAGAAAGACGGUCUUUUAGCAUGUGGCGGUCUCGUAGGAUCAGACGAUAAAGGAUUUCCUACAAAUUGGAGUAGGAUUUCUCAUGAAAAUGAUAAUCUCUCUUCACCUGCUCAACCGGUUAAAGUAUCUUCUGCGAAUGUUAUUAUGGAUAAUAGCAAUUAUUCAAAUCCUAAUAUUUGGAAGGGAAUCCUAUCAUUAUAUAAUCAAGAAACAAAUGUCUCUGAAACAGUAAUAUUGGGACAGUUCAUAAACAAUUGUGUCACGUUGUAUCCAAGGUCCAAAAACGAUUACAAUCUGUAUACAUGUAACAAUGAUGGUCAGAUUUACCAAUGUAACGUUUCUAACAGAAAUAUUGAAUUGGUCAAAAGAUAUUCAGAUUUAAACUUCCCAUUGAACAAUGCAGCGCUGUCUAAUGAUGGUAAGAUGAUGGUCGUCUCUGGGGACUCUAAUAAAUUUGCCGUAUACAAACAAGAUGAAAUGAUCAAUCAGUUCUCAUUAAAUUGGGACAAUGGUGACAAUUUGAAAAUAAAAUCAUCAACAAGGUCAAAUAUCCCUGAUCAAUCAGAAAUCUUGGAUAUUAACAAUAAUAAUCUUAAGAAUAAUAAUAAUCAUCAAAAUGGAAUAUAUGAAGCUCAGAAUGGUGAUCAUGGCUUCUAUAAUUGCUUUUCAGAAAAUGACUUGCAAUUUGCAACUUUAUUUCAAAAUGGCGUAUGCUUAUUGUAUGAUAUCAGAAACCUUCAUCAGCCACUUGGUGAAAUCUUUUCUACAAGGCCGCAUUCUCAUAAUGGUGCAUUCAGAGUUUGUAAAUUCAGUCAUGGAUUGGAUGAUCUCUUAUGUAUUUCCGAACACCAAAGUCGUGUUCAUAUCAUGGAUACCAGGAAUUUGACAAAUCAUCAAGUCAUUAUGAUUCCAGAUAAAUUAGUCAACGAAUCUGAUCUAAGCGAAAGCCAAAGAAGAAGAAGGUCAUCUCAUAAUCAUAGCAACAACCCAGUUGACUUAAAUAUUUUGCCAAUUUCAUCAUCCGCAUCAAUAUCAAAUGCAUUAUAUGAAUCACCACAGAUAAGAACAAACUAUUCCUUUUCUACAGGUGAAAUCACCACGGACGAUCCCUGGAUAACGUCAGCGAAUAAAGUCCCAUUACAAUAUUUACAACCAGUAGUGGUACCAUUUCCAAGACUUCGUGAAAGAUCAGCGUUCCCUUCUCCAGCAUCCAGUUCUUCAUCCUCGUCUUCGUCUUCAUCACUUUCUAAUAUUUUCGAACCUCAGCAUGCUCGCAGGUCAUCCAACUUCACAGUUAGAAGAGUGUCAACUACUUCAAGUAAUAAUGAAGACGCUAUUUUACCAAAAUAUAAUGACUUUGAUGAUAAUCAAGAAAAUCAACUAAUUGAUCCACAAAUUACAUCAUCCAGAAGAAACUCAAGAAGAAGAAGCACAAGGAGGAUAUCAGAUCAUAUACUUGAUAUUUACAGCACUAGUAAUGAUGAUGAUACUGAUAACAACGAUCCUACAUAUGGGAAUAACACAAGAAAUAUAUUCGAUGAUUUUCAACAAAAUUCGAGAGGAUUCGGUUACCGUAUUGGUAGAGUGGGUGAACAGACGGAAGAAAAUAAUAUAUGUGGGGUUGACUGGAUUGAAGACAAUUUGAAUGGUAGUUCCUUAGUUAUAGGGACUGACUACGGUAUUAUGAGAUGGAAUAUCAACUCUUGGGCAAGGAGAAGUUUUUCUAGUUACGAUUUAUGUUAA